CGACACUUUGAAUAAACUUUAUUGAUAGCGGUGUUCAGUAACUUCUCCAACAUGGGGGCACGGGUUGCGCGUAUGUUCAGAAAUUUCAACCUAGAGAACCGGGUACACCGAGAAAUCUCCAAGGAGAAGCCGCUGCCGGCACCCCGACACGCGGCCGCCCCCCCGCCCUCCGCCGGCGGCUCUGAAGCAGCGGAGACUGUGAACCAGAAGAACGACCCCCUGCUGGCCCUCCUCAGGUCGGUGUAUGUGGAGUCCACAGACCCAGCAGCAGCAGCAGAGGCAUCGAAGGACGUGACUGUAGGUAAUGAAGCAGAGCGGCGGCCAUUGAAGUUCAGUUUACCAGUGGCCCCAUAUGGUAUGGUGGAGCUCACAGACGUCCCUAAAGGCAAACUGACCAUCGCAGAGGCUCUGAAGGCCCUGGGCAGCCACCGGCAACAGCCUCAGACGUGGACGCCGGAAAAGAUCGCUCAGGAUUAUUCUCUGGACUUGAAAGACACAAAAGCUCUUCUGGAGUUCUUCAUCCCCUUCGAGGUCAAAAUCAUACCACCCAAGACUGAAAAUGCCAAGCGGAUAAAUGCUUCUUAGGACUGGAUUGUUUGUGAAUGGUAAACAAUAGGAUGUUACCUGAUUUAUUUAUGUAUGUCAAUAAUAAAACACAUUGGGAGAGUCAUCAGAUUGGGACUGAUAAGGCAGAGUUUCUCAAGCCUGGGAUUUGGACCUUACAUGGGGUUGUUUGAUAUGUAGAUGGAAUUAUGGGAUAUGUCUAAUAUUUGUGAAACAAACUAAGAAAUUAAAAUAAUACAAUGAAUAAAUACGUAAUCUUAGGAAUGGAUUCUUUAUAAUCCAUCUGAAGAUUCCUCUAUGAUAUGUAAUAGAAGACAAACAUAUUCAUACUCAAAUUCUCAUGAGAUUUGUGGUUUCUUGCAAUGGGGCCAAAGGUCCAAAAAGAGUUGAGAAACCCUGGUUUAAAGGAAAAGUUCAACAUUUUGUGGAACACACUUAUUAGCUUUUCCUUCUGAGAGUGAGAUGAGAAGAUUGAUACUAGUCUUCUGUCUGUGCGUUAAGCACGGAGCUGGAUCCAGGCUGAGGUUAGCCUAGCUUAGCAUAAAGACUGCAAGGAAGAAAUAGUUCAAGCACAUAACUUCCUCUCAAACAACAAAUUAUGAUUUUAAAAGAUUUUUUUGUAUACAGAUUAAACGAGACAGUAUUUUUUUUUUUUACUUUGAACAGAACCAGGCUAGCUGUUUCCCCCUGCUUCCAGUCUUUAUGCUAAGCUAGGCCAACCACAUCCCGACUCCAGUUCCAAGUAAGCUUUCUUACCGAAAUGUUGGACUGUUGCCUUUAUGGUAUAGCAGACUAUAUACUGUAUAGUAUCUGUCCUGUGAAAACAGUAUUUUCUAGAAUUCAUAGCCAUUUAUUUCAGUAUGAUGCAAUAAUGAUUUGAAAGAUUCUUAGUUUGAAGCUGUUAGCAUCAGCAUGCUGUUUAUCAGUCCUUAAAGUGUAACUAAACCCCUAAAUUCUGCUAGCUCCCUCCCUAUCAGCAAAUUAUAAAAAAAAGAGAAAAUUAUAUGGAGGCAUGGAGGUAACACUGACAGAGUGACAGACUGACUACCGCUUAGAGUAGCAGGAAUACAGCUGCCGCUAGUCAGAGCUAACUGAGCUAACCAGCAAUGAGCAGCUGCCGAUGGACUGGCUGAUCCCGCUGGAGCUUUUACAGUCACUAGAAGCACAUUCACGACUGUUUGUUUAAGUUUCUUAGUAGCACUAGUGUUGUAACGUUAGCUAAACUAGCGGCCCAGAGCUAACCAAGCUAACCAGCCGUGAGCAGCUGCUGUCAGACUCUAUGUGUCUGCACUGGAAACAGAGAGUGGGGGGGUUGGUUGGUGAUGAAAGCUGCCACCACAUGCCUCACCUGCCUCCUGAUCAACCAAUAGCAAAAUUAAAUUGCAAUACUGGGUUUCGACCAGUAGAGGGCAGGUGCUAUGCAUAUUUAUAGCACAAAAUGUAGAAUUCAAAGAUUUGGACAGAAUCACUCAACAAGUUUUAAAAAUAAGCCCGGCUGAUAUUAGCCUCUCACAGGUAUAUCAGUAUUAGUGUGUUUGUGGGCCAAUAAAGAAGAAAUCGAAGCAGAGAAAGUUUCGCCUUAGGCCUUUUUCACAGCACACAUUUUGACUUGUGACAGUGAGCCAGCAUUAACCAUACUGGCAGCUUAAUGGAAUUCAGCCAUCAUUCAUUUGAUUAUUUACUUUUCCUACUGGGCAAAAGGCUCAUAGAGCAUUUCCACAGCAGCCGUUAUGAAAUGAAAUAGUAGGAUAAACACAGGUGUAAAUAAACAAAUGAAUGGCUUCUGUCAAAAUGGCUGCUGAAAAAGAUCUAUUGCAUCGUUUGUCCCACAGAGAGCACAGACAAGUUUAAAAUCUCGGUCCAACAGACCAAACGUAAGCGGUCAAAAGGACAGAUACAUCUUUAAGUGAUGAGAAAACUCAAAUAACAAUGCUAAUAUCUGCCUGCAUCCAUCAGGCUCUUUUAUGUGGGAACAAAGGUGAAAUGUUUGUGUGUGUGACUUAUUUUGCUUGAACUGAACAGCCUGGUGGAAAAGCAUUGAUAGUCAUAACUCAUACAGCACGGGGGAAUGCACAGAGCAGGAAUACAAGAACCUUUGGUGACUCAAUGAUCAACCCAUGAUCAUUCAGAAAGUUUAAAUAUCUUUUUUUUCCUUUAUAUUAUAUAAAGAUAUAUAUAUAUAUAUAUUUAGGAGCCUUCUGUUAUUUCACUGGGUCCUGACUUUAUGCAUUUAUGUACAUGGUUUGAAGAAGCAGCCAGUGGUAGACUCUGACAGUGCUGGAAUAGCUUAUCAUAUCAGAAUGAUCCUGUGGCACUUAAACCCAUCCACUGCACAUACGCACACUUCUUUAAAGGUUUAUUUGAUCUUUUAUGUUAUUUUAGCUGUUGCAUCCUUAAUUUAAUGUGGUUGUAUGGGUUGUUACUCAAUAAAGUCCCACAUGUUAACAUU